AGCUUCCUGGCAGAAGGACUCCUAUAGCAGCCAUGGCUCCAGCAAUGCAGCUGCAGUAGGGAAAGCCAGGGCUCAUGUUCAUCUAGCCAUGAGUAGUGGUUCUGCACUGCUGAUAUCCAACAGAAACAGCCUGUUCUGACAAAACCCAGCAACAACAAAACCAAAGCACCCCAGCACCAAAAAGGUACCUUGCCUGUAAUUGGGAACCAAGAUAACCCUGCAGGUAUGAAUGGAAAAUUGUUGCUCAACAAGUGUCUCCACCACAAACCCCUUCAACAGCCCAUUUAGCCGCCAUGAAAGCUGCUGCCAAGCAUCCAGAGCAGGAGAGGGAUAGAGGGACCAGUCUUUUCUGUCAUCCUGAGGAUGGACAGAGGGCACCUUGUGCAGGAAUCAUGCACAAAUGCUGCACAUCUGGUGCUGAUAGCACAGCUGAGGGGACAGAGCACACUGACCAAGGGCCGCAGCAUAACUCUUUCUGUGGCAGCUUUGCCCCAGCCAGCACCUGUGACUGUAGUAGUGGAGGCACAGUAGCACAGGCUGCUAUGGGACCACAGGCUGUAGAGAAGUUGCACUUGGGUUGUUGCAGACAAGACUGUGUCAUCACAUAGUAACUGCUGUGCAUGUGCCAGCAAGAGCAGAGCUAGCAUGAGUAAGCUUAUUAUGCGAUAAUCACACCUUCAUCUUUCUGGGUACAUAAACUGCUGAGGUAUCCAAGUCUGGCAGUGAGGCACAAUCACUGUCUGAAGAUGAGCAAGAAGGAGCCAGGUCCUUGCCUCAUUGGGAACAUAUGCCUGAUUUGACACCAUUAUCUUUUACUGUUUUUAAACAGAACAUCAUUAUUGGAACCACCUGUUGCCACUUAAUUACCUGUGUUUGAUUACAAAGACGUUAAAGUAAUCACCUUUUUAGGUACAAACUUUCAUUUUUAUAUCCUUUGAUGAUGUGCCCUGACAAAGCCUCUACGUCCAUUUCAAAGGCUGGAUCAAAACUUCCCCUGUGGGCAUGUCAGGCAGCAGCUGAGCACCCAGUCUCCUCUCGUGAACUUUGGGAAAUCUGGAAUUUGGAUCAAGACUUUGAAUCCUCUCAGUUAUAACGAUAAGACCUGUAGGUGCUGAUCUAUAGAGCCAGUAUCCCCCCAACCCCGUUUGGGUAAGCUGAGCGCUCAGGCAACGAUCAGGGCGGGCCCCGGGCCCCGCAGCGUCCUGGCUCCCGGUGCUGGCGCGGUGGCACGUUCCGAGGGGCAUGCGUGGGCGCAGGCGGGUUCCCCCGCGGGGCAGGGGUGCACCCUGUCCCGGCUCUGCCCUCGGGGCCGCUAAGCCCCUUCCCUGGGAGAUGCGGGAGCCUCGGGGUUCAGGCCUGCCCCCCGGGACGCAGCCCCCGCCCUCCCCGUCGGCACCGCCGCCGGGGGCGAUGCUCUGGGCCGCCGCCGCGCCGGGGGGCUGCGGUCCUGCGGUCCCCCCCUUCCCGCUGUGCCCGGGGCCGCCGGGCCCUGCCCGCCCGCCGCGCUGCGGGAGCGCCGCCCGCAGCCGCCCGCACCCCCUCGGCGCCGCCGCUUCGCCUGCCGGCGCGCCCCGGCCUGAGCCGGCCCCCGGCGGGGGGAGGCCCCGGCUCACCUGGAGAAGAGGCGGGGGGAGCCCCAGCGGGGGGACGGUGCCCGCCAGCCCCCGCCGGAGCGCCCCUUCCGCGGCCUUUGUCUGCGUUGUCACAUGGGCUGCGGUGCGGGAUUUAAGCGGGUCUCCGCAGGACAUGCCGUGAGCGGCGCGCCGCAGCCCUGCCCGCAGCGGCAGCGCUCCGCCCGGCCGGGGAUGCGGCUCUAGCGGCCCCGCGAUGAGCGGCUCCUCCAUGGCGAAGAGCGAGUCCCGCACUUCGCUGCUGAAGGCGGCGGGGAGCGGGAGGGCGGCGGGCGCUCAGCCCCGCGGCAGCCGUGCCCGGGACGGCAGAGGACAAGGCGGGCAGGCGGGGAGGGAGCCGAGCGAGGAGCCGCUCCCCGGGGAGCCCAGUGCCCGCAGGCCCCUCUGCCACCCGGGCGCCCGGGAGGACGGAGCGAGGGGCGCGGGGAAGCUGUCACAUGGACGGGGGGAGAGCCAGCCGGAGCCGGCGGAAGGAGGUCCAAGGAGAGGCAGCGGCAAGGAACCGGUGCGGACAUCCAAACACUACCACCACCUCCCGCCGCACGCCAGCCACGGUCACCCCCAGGACCAGCACCAGCUCUCAGACAGGGAUGGGGAGGAGGCAGAGGAGGACUUUUUCUUCAGUCACAGGCAGAGGUCCAGCAGAGAGUCCCUAAAGCUCUCGGAAGGCACUUCACCUCUGUCCAAAUCCAGCAGCAAGUACUCCACCAAGUCCAGCGGCAGCGAUCGGUCGGUAGAAGCGGACCCCCUUUUCCACCAGCUGCACCCCAUGCUCAGCUCGGUCUUUGGCCAGAUCCGCCAUGAGGAGAAGACGUGCUAUAAGGCUGUCCAGACGAGUGAAGAGGGGCCGUCGUCUUGCGAGUACCAGGGUCCGCUCAUGAUGCUGGCCCAGAACUGCGCCGUCAUGCACAACCUGCUGGGGCCAGCAUGCAUCUUCCUGAGGAAGGGCUUCGCAGAAAACAGGCAGCCUGAUAGAGAACUGCGUCCGGAAGAAAUUGAAGAAUUAAGAGAAGCCUUUAAGGAGUUUGAUAAAGACAAGGAUGGGUUUAUUAACUGCAGGGACCUGGGGAACUGCAUGCGAACCAUGGGCUACAUGCCUACUGAGAUGGAGCUAAUAGAGCUCUCCCAGCAGAUCAACAUGAACUUGGGUGGCCAUGUGGAUUUUGAAGAUUUUGUUGAGCUGAUGGGACCAAAGCUGCUAGCAGAAACUGCAGACAUGAUUGGUGUAAAAGAGCUCCGUGAUGCCUUCAGAGAGUUUGAUACCAAUGGUGAUGGCGAGAUCAGCACCAGUGAGCUGCGAGAAGCCAUGAAGAAGCUUCUAGGGCAGCAGGUGGGCCAUCGGGAUAUUGAAGAGAUCAUCCGGGACGUGGAUCUGAAUGGAGAUGGGCGUGUUGAUUUUGAAGAGUUUGUUCGCAUGAUGUCCCGUUGAAGAUUAUUCUCAGCUAAAGAGGAACCAGCACCUUAGAGAGGGCAAAAGAGGACCUAGAUGGAGCAUCUAGCCCCGAUGUUCCCACAUGAAGGUUUAUCGGCUGGCUGCAAUUGGGACAUUGCAAGAUGACCUGCUGCUCCUCCCUCAUGGUGGUCCCCGUGCCCCUCCACCCUUUCACACUGUGAAAGACUUGCAACUUCCUACAACUGGAACCAUUCCUUGGAGAUGAUUGCAGGAAACUGCAGAGCCAGGACUUGCCAUGAUGCUUUCAUGGGAUAUUGCAACUUUAGACUCCUCCUCCCCAGCUUUAUUCUCCCACCAGCUGCUGCAAAGCAAGAGCAGUAGAAAUCCUCUUGGCUUGGUGGAUGAGAGCAAAGCCAAGGACUGGUGGCAGCCUCAGGGCGUGCUCUGCACUUCUUGGUUUCCCUUGGUGAACCGUGUCUGUGUUUGCUGUCUGUGUGUGUGUGUCUAUCUGUGUGGAGUUAUUUAUGCUUCCCCAGCACAUAUUCGCAUCUCCUGUGGUUAUGUUUACCAAGAGUAAAUUCAAAUACAUGUCUUGUGGGGGGAAAGCGAUAAAUAUGCACGCUGAAA